AUGUCUGCUUUUCCUACAUACCCUUCUAACACAACAAAUUUAUCACUUAAUAAGGAAAAUUUAGAGUUAUUUGAUAAGGAAAAUGAAGGUAAUAAAUCGUCAAGUGCAACAACCCCUCCAUCAACGAUACUUUCAAGCUUAACAAAACAGCUUAGAGAAUGCGAUCGUACUUCAGCUGUAACAGCUAGAACGGCAACUUCUUCCAAACGUAUAAAAACUUAUUAUUGUCAUUAUGAAGGCUGUAAUAAAGUUUUUACUCGACCAUGCCAAUUAACAGAACACCAACAAAUUGUUCAUCAUGAAGUACGACAAUUUGUUUGCCCCGAAUGUGGAAAUUCCUAUACCAGAAAACAUCAUUUGGAAAGACACUUGGUCUCGCAUACAGGUGAAACUCCAUUUCAUUGUUCUAUUUGUAAUAAAGGUGUUGUAACCAGACAACAAUUGAAAAGACAUGAAAUUACCCAUACAAAAUCAUUUAUUUGUGAAAUUUGUGGUGAGAGUUUCUAUAAACAUCCCCAAUUAAGGUCACAUAGAAUGCGAGUGCAUGAAAAAAAGCUAACUUGCCAAAUUUGUGGGAAAAAUUUUCAAAGGCCCUAUCGCUUAAAUAACCAUAUGGACAAACAUCAUAAUCCAAAUAUGGAAGACAAAUAUAGAUGUAAUAUGAUAUCCUGUACAAAAUCAUUUCCAACCUGGACAAGUCUACAAUUGCAUAUUAAAAAUGAUCAUCCAAAAUUUAAAUGUGCUAUUUGUGGGAAAUACUGCAUAGGUGAAAAGGGUUUACAAAUGCACAUGACAGUUCAUGAUGAAAGUAUGGUGAUUAGGUCUUGGAAGUGUAUGUUGUGUGUCAAAGAUUUUGCAAAAAAAAAUGAUUUGUUGAAUCAUCUCAAUUUAGUACAUUCUACCGAUGGUGAUGCUUUAAGAUAUAAAGAGCAGGAAUUGUCAAAAGAAACAAACAUGUUAUCUAAUAAGCCUAAUAUUGAAGUUGAAAAGAAACAGAAUGACAAAAAAAAACCAACUCUAAAAACAGCGUUGCGUACCAACGAUUUGGAUUCCAUAAGAUCUGAAAUUAAUCUAAAAAACCAUAUAAAAGAUGGAAAGUCUACUCUAUCAUUAUUGCUGCACUCCGUAGGAAAAAAAUAUAAUUGCAUAUAUAGUGGUUGUUAUAGAAAAUUUAAAACAAAGGAAAGAUUUGAUAGACACAUAGAGAAACAUAAGAUUCAUGAAUUGAAAUUGAAAGAACUUGAAUUAGUUGAAAGCCAACUAUCACCAAAACAGGGUGAAUGA